AUGAGUGGGGGAACGGAAGGCAACGAGUUGUCUUUAUCUAAUUUGCUUGAAGAAGUGCCUGAGUGUCUGCUGCGACUGUGUCGGAUGAUUGUGUCCGGUUUCUUCACACCUGAGCAUCGACUUAUCACCGAGCUGCUCAUGGUCAAAUCGAGUUUAAAAGAAGCCGAUUUCACCGACUUGUUGUUGUUACACAAACCUCAG